GCCCCGCCGGCGGCCGCGGAGCUGCAGCGCUGCAGCCCAAGGAGCAUGUCUGGAGGCCGGUCCAAGAAAGUGAAGAUGGCCACCAAGUCCUGCCCGGAGUGCGACCAGCAGGUUCCCGUUGCAUGCAAAUCCUGUCCGUGCGGUUAUAUAUUUAUUAGUCGCAGGCUCUUGCAUGCGAAACGGUUGGAGAGGCUUCCGCCCUCUGCAGAUAGCAGAGGUGAAGCGAAGAGAAGGCGAACCGAAAGAGUUAAAAGAGAGAGGAUAAAUUCUGUGAUAAACAAAGACUUGGAAAACCGGAGGAGGUCAAGAUCCAACAGCUGUUCAGAUCAUAGUAGGAGAGGAAGAGGGCGACCGAAGACCACGACGGCCAAAAAGCACGAAGAAGAAAGAGAGAAACAAGAGAAAGAAGUUGACAUGUAUGCAAACCUCUCUGAUGAAAAGGCGUUUGUGUUUUCAGUGGCAUUGGCAGAAAUAAACAGAAAAAUCAUCAACCAAAGACUGAUUCUCUGA